CAGUAGUGUUCAACAAACAAAUCAAGAGCGUCAGUUGACAGUUCAUCAUCUUCUCUUCUUCUUUCUUCUGUUUAAACUAUUCUUAUGGCUUCAUUUCUGGUUUAUCCUUCGAGUUAUCAUCCUAAAGAGUAAAGAAAUCCCAAGAAUAGUUAUUUUAUUCAAAGAAACAGUGAUUUGAAUUCAAAAAAUGGCGCCAUUUUAAGAGAGACGUGCAGUGAAUUCCUUCAGUCGACGGAUGGCAUUCAUUUAACAAUAUUUUAAUUACUUUAAACCUCUGUUUUAUCCCGGAUAUUUUAUUUAUUCAGAUCAUAUUUGGAAGAAGGAAGAACCAGGAGUCUCCAGUUGCUAUAACAAAGGUUUUUGUUUGGGAAUAUUACGGUUUAAAAUUGCUUGUUCCAUGGAACACAAACGGACACUCUGACCUCUUGAUCUUGCAACUACAAGUGAACACCUCGAUAAUACUUCAAAAAGUAUCAACUUUUGAGCAAAAAGAAAGACCAUUUCAGCUCGGUAUUCAAUGAAGAAGGUUUCUUGAAUCCUUCAGUUGCUAGGGGAAUUAAUUUUGGAGUGAAAAAAGCAUCGCAAGAUGGAAGACAGUUCGUCUCCUGGUCGACGACCUUCACCAGAUGGGAAACCUUCGAGAAGAUCUUCGAAUUCCUCUCAUAAAGGACGAAAGCUUCCUUCUCCAAUAAAGAAAGAACCAGCCCUAGAAAAUGGAUCUCAAGAAAAAAUAGAUACUAGCUAUGAAGAUGAUAUUCCAACAAGAGAUGUCAGCCAAGAGUUGGAUUCAACAGUGAUCAGUCCGUCUAAGACAGGAGUAGCAUACAUCACAGAGAAUUUGAUCAAGAGGUUAACACAUGAGGAAAACCUUGGGAACAUUACUAAAUUGUAUUUGAUUUUGGGAAAAGAUUUGAAGAAAAAGUUUAAGUAUAUAGAAAACCUUGAUAGCCUCCGCCGACUUCAUACUCUCCACAUCAGUAACCACAUGAUCGAGAAGAUCGAAAAACUUGAUAAACUGACUCAACUAAGAGAUCUUAACCUGUCCAGGAACAGCAUUAGUAAGAUAGAAGGACUGGAGUGUUUAGUGAGACUGCAGAAACUCAAUCUUAGUGGGAACAAGAUUACACAGUUACCUGGUGGGUUGAUGAAGAAACUGAAGGAGCUUCAAGUAUUUCAUAUUGCCCAUAACAAGAUUGAAAGUUUACUUGAGAUAACCAAACUAAGGCCCCAACAAGAUUUGAUAGAUGUGUCAAURGAAGGUAACCCUAUGUCUACCCUGGCACACAGCCGACAGUUUGUGAUAUUCCAGCUACGAUCCUUGUCAGUGCUUGAUGGAGCUGCAAUAAAACCUGAUGAAAGAGCCCUUGCCGAUGACAGGUUUGGACAAGAUGAGAUAAGGAGACUGGAGACAGAGUUGUCAAGACAGGAGAAUAUGUAUGAUGCUCUGUUUGAAGAGAAAAGAGAAGUUAGUACAGAACUAGAGAUGCUAACUAGACUGAGUUCACAGCAGAAGGAAAAAGAAUCCAGACAAACAGACAAGAUCAAACAGCUACAAAGAGAACUGGAAUCCAAGGAAGAAAUUCUUAACAGUAAGACAGCUGAGCUCUCCAAGGCAUGUGAAAAGCAGUACAAACUAGAACAAGAGCUAGCGUUCUAUAAACUAGAUGCAAAGUUUGAUCAUCUAGGAAAGAUGCCAUGGCCAGAAGGUGCCGAGCCUGAGGAAGAUGACGAAGCACCAUACAUAGGAAAAGCAGGUUUCAAGCCAAACAGAUUUGCCUUCGACUCGCAGGCUCUGAGCCCAGCACAGAAGGCUGAGAUGAGCGAAUUAAAAGCUCGACUAAGCGACAGAUAUGACAACCAGAACAAGAUGACACAAGAUGAGAUACACAGGGCACUGAUGAUGGACUUGAGAGACAAGGAACUAGCAGUACAGAAAGCUGAGGAGCUACUAGCGCGACUAGAGCAAGAGUUAAGAAGACGAAAAGCACAACUCGUGGAUGCCAAUGACGAACUGGUACUCCUGCAGGAGGCGAUAGGUGAAGAGAUUAAACUUUUGAACGACGAAGAAAAGAGGUUGCUGGCUGCCAUUGAAGACAAGAAGAAGUUUAUUCGAGAACUUCAAGACGUUGCUGCUGAAUUGGCACAGAGAAUGGACAAGAUACGAGAUGAUCUGCGAAGAAAAGAAGAAGAGCUGAACAACUUGAAUAAUGCGCUCAAUUCUACAUUACCUAGUGAUCCAGCUUACGAUCAGUUAAAGACAAGGCUUACAGCGCUUCAAGAUCAGUUACGCAACGCUUUGAAAGAGUACGAUAACUUAAAGCAAGACCACGACAGAACAUUACGAACACUGGAGGACGAAAUGGCGGAAUUACAGCGACUACAAGAUGAACUCGCUGCCAAAAGGAGAGAAGGAGAAGGGCAAGGCCAACUCAAGGAAGAACUCAAAGACAUCAUAGACGAGUUGAACCAUCACUUGGAUUCAAUGAGGCAGAAGGUUGAGCAACAGGAGAAAAAGAUCGCUAGACUGCAGCAGGAUAAUGACGGAUUGGUCAAACAGUUAAGGGAGCAGCACGCUCAGAUAGGAGAGAAUAACCACUUGAAGAAUGGUAUAGCCAAGCUGCAACAACAACUACAAGCUGCUCAAGAUGCCCUCAACAGAGAGAAGGCUAAUGCCAACGCCUUACGACGGCGACUUUCCGAACUGGAAGGCCAGGUGGCUAAGGGCAGUUCUUUGGAACCUCUUCUUGCUGACACCAAAGCGAGGCUGAAGGCUGCUGAGGCGGAAGCGGAGGAACUACGAAAUGCGUUGGAUCAGCUGAAGCAACAAAUGAAGGCUGAUCGCCAAGCUGCAGAUGACAGAAUUCGCCGAGAGCAAGAGAAAGUAGAGAAGGCAUUGCAGGCAGCAAAGGCGGGCUUUGAAAGAGAAAAACAGAUGAAGGACCUUGGGAUACAGGUGGAUUUACUCAAGGCAAGGAACGAUGAAUUGGAGCAACGGUUGAAGGAGCUUGAAGAGGAUCUGAAAAACUCCUUGGACAAAGACGAAGUCCUUGACAGGCUGGCUGAUCUAAGAGAUGAUAUUGAUACCGAGAGAGAGACUGUUCGUCAACCAUUAGGACGUGGUGAUGAGUUGGGAGAGACGUUAGGGGAUCUGCAUCAAAGAUACUUGGAUAUGCUUGCAGCACUGAAGAAAGAGAAACAAGGAGAUAAAGUUGAUAAGAAUAAGAUGGAUGGUUUGAUAAAAGAUCUCAAUGCUAGAAUAGAAAACCUACAGAACGCACUUAAGCAAGCUAACGAUCGUGCAAGACAGAUGGAGAUGGAGAACGAAGACAAGGAGGCUAAAAUACAUCAACUAGAAGGUGAUCUGAGAAGACUAAAGGACAACCUGGCAAGACAAGGAGACAUGCAGAACGAACUCGCACGACAAAACGCCGCCCAUGACAGAGAAGUUAAAGGGUUAGAAGACGAAAUAGCAAAGCUAAGGGAUCGAAUAAAACAGAUGAGAAACGCCAUGGAACGAGAGGUCGAUAAUGCUCGAGCGCCUUUAGAAAACAAGAUUCGUGACCUUGAGGACAGAUUAGACCAGCUACAUGAUCGAUUAGUCAAGGCCAAAGCGGAAGCCGACAGGCUGAAGGGAUUACACGAUGAUCAUGCUGCUGCCAAGAAAGAACUCCAGGAUCAGAUAGCAUCUCUUGCUGAUGCUUUGCAAGAUGCUAACGAUCGGACGCAAUACCUGGAAGAUCAGCGCGCAAAUGACCGACGCAUGUACCAGGGUAGGAUCAAAGAACUUCAAGAUGAACUUGGACGCGCUAACGAGAGACUACAAAGAGCGCUGGCUGAAAACAACGACCAAUUGGACAAAGAGCGCCAAUCCAAUGCAGAUAAAGUCAGAGGACUCGAGGACGAGCUGGAUCGUUUGAAAAAUCAACUGAGGAGAAUGCGACAAAAAGCUGACGAUGAUCUUAGUAAAGCAGAGAAAAGAAAUGCUGCAUUACAAACGUUACUCGACCAACAAAACCAGGCUCUGCAGGAAAAUACGCUCCGUGACCGUGCACACCAGGCAAGCGUCCAGGGACUACAGGACCAGAUUGACGAUCUGAGAAAAAUGCUCAAAGAAGCUGAGAGCCAAUUGCUCAAGGACAAGUAUGAGAAAGACCUUGACGCAUUGCGUGCUGAUCAGAGAUCAAUGGCUGCUCAGGCUGCUGCGGCAAAGGAGCUCGCAGAUGCACAAAAACAGAUUGCGAGACUACAAGCCUUUUUGGCUGGCAGAGAUGAACAUUUACAAGAACAGUUGAAAAAAGCAUCCAAAGAAGACCCAUUAUYAGGUACGCAGAGAGAAGAGAUCAGUAACCUCGCAUCAGCUUUAUCGCAGCAGAACGCCGAGCUUGAACGACUAAAACACGAGCUGUCUCGUCUGAAGAGGUCCCCAGGAGAUCAGAUAUAUUCUGUUCCACAUGGACCUACCCUCCCCUCCCUGGUUGACGAGAUCGACGCACUGAGAGCAGUGUUACACGACCGAGAACGUCAAAUCGAGGCUUUAACACAGGGAUACCAACCAGGUGUAGGUAAUGCUAUGGGAAUCGAAAGAACUGGAAUAGCAACCACGCCUGGAGUUUUGGUUAAGGGCCUGGUGAACAGUCAAGGAGAGAUACAUCACCAUCAUCAUUUCAAAAAAUCUGCAAAAGGUGGUACUCGAUCUAAAGGCACUACAGUACCAAAUAUGGAGUUACCAACAAGCCCUACAGUAUUGGGAGCCUCAGUUGUCAGCCCCGGCGUAUAUGGACCUUCGGUUCAUCAUCACCACUACGAUGGUGUUUCAGAGGACAAAACAAAACGAAGGAGAAAAAAAGAAAAGAUGGAUGACCCGUUUUGUAACGUGCCCGAACACGGAGACCUGGACUAUGAAGUGGGACUUCUUGAGGGAAUGUUGACUUCUACCAAACAGCAAUCAGCUCAGGACCAGAGGGAUUCACUUCGGAAUGAUUUACAGAAUCUCGAAGACGAGGUCCAAGGUGCAUUGAGGAACCGUGCCGUGAACAAGCGAAAUCAGCAGCACUCUCUUGAUGCUACACUAGCGAAAUUUCAGGACCACCUGUUGACGAUAAUAGACCACAAGACUCACCUUUUAGGCCUGGCUGACCAAGGACUGCAGACGCAAGCUGACGUGAUCCCACCACAAAUACAUACGGGACACGUAUUACCACCACAAUAUCUGCAGCCAAGUGAGACUAGAGUGAAUGACUCAGGACGUGCAGAACCAAUCUCAUCACCAGUUGAUCUUCAGGCCAGGAGAGAUUACCAAGUGAAUGAACUUACACACAUCGAGAACUUGCUAAGAACACGACGCAUGGAGUUAAAGGAGGUGACCGCAAGCCUUGGUGAUCGCAGACUUGAAUUAGAGAACGUAAUUGAGCAGUUCAAACGUGGAGAGGAACGCCUUCGUCGUGCCGAAGAUGAUGCGAACCACAUCGAACAACGUGCAUCCGAGACAUCCAAUGAACUGAUAAGGGCUGGUAACCAGUUGAUGAGCUUGGAGCUCAGGUCCAGAACUAUGAUGGACAAAAUCGAACACUUGAACCUGGAAACUGAAGAAAAGACCAAGAGGACGGCCGAAAAGGAACAAAAAUGUCAUGAAGUAACCAAAAAGUUAGAAAAUCUAAACAAAGAGAUGGAAGAGAAGAAAGAAGAAGUUGAUAAAAUGGAGAAAAAACUGAAAGAAGUUCAAGAGAGGCUCAAGCUGACACUAAGACUGGAAGAGUUGCGUGAAAUUAUUUCAAGCACAGAAAAGGACGAACUCUUGAAGAAAGAGCAAAGACUGAAUGCUCUAAAAGAUGGCGAGAAGAUUUUAGUUGAACGGACUUCUGAACUCGCUAGGACACGUAACGAGCUACAGAAGCAAACUACAGAAUACCAUCAGCUGAAUGUUGACAUCUCGCGAGCAAGAAAAGAUCUGACCCAACUCGACGCAGCGGUGAAGAAGAAACAUAUUGAAAUAGAAGAUCUUGCAGCGAGGAAAGAGGAAGAGAGUGCUUACCAUGAGGCUAUCUUAGAGGAAGCAAAAGAGAAACUGGACGAAAUAAACGAAGCAAGGAACGAAGUACUCUCUGCGUUGCGAAAACAUCGUGAAGAACUCCUCACAAUGAGAGAAAAGGUUCAAGAAGAGAAUGCAAAGAAAAUAAAAGCCGAGAAGAAAUGCAAAGAGAAACAAGAAAACCUGAACAGACUAAACCUCCAGGUGGAGGAAAAAGACAAAUAUUUUGCAGAAUUGAAGGAAAAAGUAAAAGAACACAUUUGUGAACUUGAAAAAUUACAUGAUGAAAAUGAUGAAGAAAGAAACAAGAAAGGCCGUUUAAUAAAAGAUGCAUUGAAAAUCAAAAAUGAAUACAAAGAAAUUUUGAAAAGUAAAGAGAAAACUGAGCAGGACAUGACAGAAUUGAUGGAAAAAAUCGAAAAAUUACAAAGGGACUUGCGCUCAAAGCAAGAACAGGCCGCUGACACCCAAAGCACAUUAGAGCAGGCUCAAAAGAAACUAGACGAGACAAGAAAUGAAAGCAAAGCUGCGUUGAAUGAAAGAGACAGUUUGUUAGGAGAACUGAAGGACUUAAAUCAGGCAUUGACAGAACGCACUAAAGAGCUUGAAGUCAUAACCGAAGAAAAAGACAAAGUUUUUGAAGAGUUACAACAAGAACGAAAGAAAUUCAUCGAGACAAAGAAAAGUUAUCAAGAAUUUGAGACUGAGCUCAAGAAUCUUCGAGAAGAGCUCGAAAAACGACAAGAAGAAUUGAAGCAGGAGCUGGAAAAAGAUAAUAGUAAUGAGCCUGCUGAUAAUGUAGUCAGCGGUGACCCUAAGACCCAAUUAAUGCAGCAAAAAGUUGAAAGAGAAAACCGUGAUGAGCCUGCCGUUGGUGAAGUCAGCGAGAAUACCCCAGUGAUUCUGCGCAGGGAAUUACUGGAGAGACAAGAACAUUCAAGGCGGCAAAAAAUUGAGAAAGCCGAACUUAAUGAGCCUGCUGUGAGGGAGGUCAGCGGUAAGGAAGAACUCAUGGUUCUUCGUGAAGAACUGAAAAAGAAAAGAGAACAUUUAAAGACAAACAAGUCUAUUGAGCCUGCUGUCGGCGGUAAAGAGUCUGGGUCUAGAAGGAGAAAGCGUCAGGGUGCAAAGCUACCAAUUCCAAUUAAGGAAAGUCGAGCGCCACGUGACCAAGGUAGUCUUGGGAAUAGUAGUUCAGAGGUGUCGGCAAAUACUCGUGCAAUCUCUAGCAACACGACAAAUGUUCCAACAGACACAAAACUAUCAAAGCCGUCUCGCAACCAAAAGUCGCGGGGCCAAGAACAUGAGAUGCCUGAAGAGAUUGAAGAAAGCAGUCAAGACGAAGACAAAGUAGUCCUAGCUCUUCAACAAGAUUCCAAUCUACUUCAGCUACAAAACCGUAUCGUGGAGCUUUCUAACGAGAAAGAUAAAACACGAGAAGCUCUUAAAAACUCUGUACUGGAAGUGAGACGACUGAAAGCACUCAUUCAAACGGAAAAGGAGAAAACUCGCCAUUCUCUAAGGAAAGCAACAGCCGAGGCCAAGGAUUACAGACGUGCUCUAGAACAUACACAGAAGGAGCAUGCGCAGUAUCAGCUGCGAGCGUCACGUGAGCUGGAAUAUCUUCGUGCAGAGGCAACAGAACAGUACAAAGUGGCACAGAAUCUUGCUGAAGAAAUAUCCGUGUAUAAACAGGCAUCACUCCAAGGAGAGGAGAAAAGAGAGGCUAUUGAGAGCGUAAAUCCUACACAAGACAACAUGGACGCCAUUACCACACGCAUUAAAUCGGAAAUUCUUCACAGUUUGCAAGAGGUUGAACAGUCCCGUGAGAUGACCCUUAAAGACAUCCAAGACCUCAGACACACCAAGGAAGGGAUUGAGCUGCAACUGUUAGCGCUACAGCAGUCAUUACACGAGGUUUCUGAGAAAACGCAUAAUUUACAGCAGACUAAAAAUGAAGCUUCAAAACAGCAGGUCGAGGAGCCCAUCAAGCAGCUUAUUAAGGACAAAACGUUUACUCGACAGCAGGGAUUUCUCAAGGAUCAACUUCGGCAGCAAAUGAGUCGAAGGGCGGAGAUUCUUGAAGAAGAGCGAAAAAAAGCCGGCCAAUCCUUAGAAGGACUGAAAAACAAACUGAAACAGCUCGAGAAAGUAAUAACAAGGAAAGACUCCGCUGUGCAGGAUUUUCGUAUUGAGCUUGCUAAAAGCCGAGUCGAAAAGGAAAAAUCAUUGGAUACGGAAAAAGAGAUGGAUGAACUAAAGCGAAGACUUCGAGAGGUAGAAAGUGAACGAGAUACCGUCAAAACACAACUGAAUCAUAUGUCGUCUCUUGGUGAAAAUACAAGACCUUUGAUGACACCUCAAGGAUUCGAUAGCUUACAGAAACAACUAGAAAUUCUGGAAUCAAAAUUAAGCGUUAUCGAGAAGCCUCUCAACAAAGGUGACGAAGGGAGAGAGGGUCAGGAGCAGUUUGUCGAACGCCUCGUGCGACGACAAGUGCGAUCUUCGCCUGAAGAGAAACGACUACCACCACAAAAUUGGGAACUUCGCGGUCGUAAAAUCAAUGACAGAAACUCAGGGAAAGAUAAGGAGAAAUUGUAUGACUCUGAGUCUCGACUAUUAUCUGAUCGACCUUCUAGACCGACCACGGUCGGAUUGAAUGACUUUGAAACGGAAAACACUGUUAGCAACGUUCCAAUUCAUAGAAAACUAAAAACCAGGUCGUCCACAAGAAAUAAAAAAGAAAAUUACAAUAGUAAUGGUGGGAGUGAUAAUGAAUCAGAGAACGAAAUGCUCCGAGGGACAUGGCGUUCAUGGAGGGAGUCACGUGACAUAGAGGAAGGUCCAGAAAAAGCGGGAAAAUUCCUCCGGGAAAAAAGGAAAAGUGAUAUAGAUAAAAACAGCGUAAACUAUCCAAGUUAUGGGCCACUUGCUUCUACCGAGAAAAGAAAAUCACUGAACAAAAGUUAUGACAAAAGUGGAAUUGAGUUUGGGACUUCUUCAGGUUCACUUACGAUUUCAAGCAUCGCAGAUGACAAGAGAACAAAGUUUUUAGCUUCUGUUAAUCGCCUAAAGAACGAAAAAGUUCGGGAACUAGAGAUUGGUCUUCAAAAUUUCCUGAAACAUUGAGGUGAACAAUGUAAAGCCUUGAACAGCGAACUCUUGAGGUAAUAACUUGGCAAGUUGAGGCGUUUCUUAGAACAACUCGGAAACAUAUGAAACCUUCCAGCCUAUUUUCUGAUUAACUUUUAAGAAAUUGGCCUCAAACGAUUUCUUUAACAAUGUCCCUAUAACUUACACAAAUUUAUUAAUGUCCCUAUAGGUUUCUAAAUCGAACCAAAACACUUUCUAUCUGCGUUUUUUGAGCAUGUUCGUAGCUUCAAGAAGCCUUUCACCUGGUCACUCUUCGGCGCACGCAUGGUGUAUCAAGCCAGACGCGUUGUGUAACAUUUCUCAUUAGCCACACUGGCUACUGAGUAAAGGAACAAGAGAGCCUACCUCGAGAUGUCUGCAGCAUAAUAUAUCACAAUGGAAGACCCAGUUGCUCACCACGCGAAUAGGUCACAGUUGUAAAAGUCUUGGAUCCCUUCGACAAAGUCUAUCCUAGUGCAUACUAGACAUCGAACUGAACUCAGUAUGAGUCAGUGAAGUGACCACUAGCUUCUGUGAAGAAAUUACGGCUUAGAAGAGGUUCAAAACCUGUUUAAACAGGUUAAACGUACUCGGGCCCAUCCUCAGCGUACAUGGUCAUUUUUGAGGUCUGUUAGGGAUGAAAAGCCGGAGUAGAGCUGAACUCUCGUUGCCUUAGGAGCAAGACAGUCAGACCGGUUUCCCGCCACCAGUCAUUAACUGGUUUUCUAUUCUCUUGGACUGCUUUAGUCGCCGGCUUUAAAUGAUUAUCUGGUGACCUGUUUCGGUGAUUGAGAAACACUCUACGCCCGUACGACGCAACGUGUAUGUGGGAAAAGGGGAUGUUUGCUGACUUCAACCGUCUAUUUCCUAUACAAAGCGUAUUGGUAGGAAAAUCUCUUGGUCUGCGUAUUGGGAAGUAUUAGAUAGAGACGACAGCCUUUGAAAAAAAUGAUAGGAUUUCCCAUGUACUCCAAGGGAUGAAUUGUCUAAGGGCUGGAAUGCAAUUGGCAAUUAAUUACGGACUAGACUAAACAAAUAAAUCAAAAGGGCUUAUUAUCUA